UGUGAGGCUAUUGGCAUAGUGGUGGCAUUUGAGAUUGCUUUUACUUGUCUGGUUGAAAGACGGACGCAAAUUUGGAGUGUCUGUACAUGGAAUAUGAAGAGGAUGAUGAUAUUUCCUUUGCGAAAUGGAUGAGCAGUUUCUGGGGCCACAACUUGAUUGAUGAGAAUGAGAAAGAGGGUAGAGGCCACAAGAAACGUCAAACACGACACUUUAGUGAACGGAGAGCCUCCCUUCCGGCCAGGCUUUCCUCCCUCCAUACAACACGACUUCAUGCCUCUACCAAAGGCUCAUCUUCAGGCCAUCUCAAGGGCUCCAGAGAAUUCGAAGAAGACCAGGAUUGCAAAUGCCACUGCCACAAGAAGGCAAGCAGGACACCUUCAGCUGACAGUUCAUGCACAGAGAAAAGAUCAAACUCCAUCCAGGAAUUUGCAGAGUCCUUUGAGAAGCAAUUGCAUUUCAAAAGCAAACGUUCAGUUUCUUUGCAACCUGAAGGCAUGAAGGAGAGAAGAGAAAGAGAGAGAUUGCAUUUGAGAAAGAGCAAGUCUCACAAGAGAAUGGGAGAGAAAUCAGAGCCAGGGAGAGAACAGAAAGAAGAUGAAUGUUCAGAAGAUGUAGCUGCAAAGUACAACGAACAGUUUCCAUCACAAGUAAACAUUGAGAAAUGAUAUUUAUGCACAGGCAGCUAGGAUGUCUUAGGCUAAUGAAUUUUAACACAAUCCCUGAUGAGCAGAGGGAGUAUUCUUUUGUUGUUGUUGUUAUUGUGUUUUGUGUGUGUGUGUCUAGAAAAUGCUUCUUAGCUAGAGUAAACCCUGACCUGUAAAAUAGAACUGAAAUUCAACUGCAUCACUACCAUUGCCAGUACCACAUUGCUACCUUCCUGUCUUUACUUUUUCUGCUAGGAAUGUGACCCCUCUCAGAAGGAGCAGUGAAGCAUGCCCUAAGAGGGUUUCAAGCAGACCUAGCAUUGCAGCAUAACAGUAGUGGAUGUAUUCAUUUAAGAGGUGUACAUGUACAUAUUACAGAGCUGUGUAAAGUCAUUCUAAGCCUUAUAUUUCUGUUCCAAUUGAAAAAGGGCUUAUUAGUAGGUUUGGGGAAGAAAACAUACACAUAAACUGCCACCUACUUCUUGGCCCGGACAUUCACUUAGAUUUGGCUUGGAAAGAGGUAUCUUUUUUCUUUGACAAUCUCCUAAAUCCAAAUUUUUGGAAGUAGUGGAAGAGAAGCCCUCACACUCUCUUCCACACCUUCCCAAUGCCUCACUUCUCUCUGCUUUCUCUCACUGUCACUGUGCAAUACAACUCUUGUUUCUCUGACAUCCCUGUCUGCCAUGUUCACAGUCCCAAUUCCCAGUCACAAAACUAGUUCUUUUUGACAGCCUUAACCUCAUCAUUUGCCUCUUUUGUAUCCUUCCCCCUCUCCAUUUACUACUUUGUAGCCCUGACUCAAAGCUAUUAAAUUUUUGUUACAUCUCUAGUUUUGCCUCAUCAAAAUGUGACCCUUGCUUGAAGCUCUCCAGUAAAAAGAUGUUUAGUCUCUUGCACUUCUAUAUGAUCUCCUCAAGGGGUUGCUGGUACUUGCCACAGAUUCAGGGUGAAGGAUUUCAACCCCUUUCAGUUUUUGUCUUUUCAAGAACUAGGGCCAAACCAAAGAAAUGGGAGUCAUCUCUGCCUGUGGUAAGCAGGGCCUGGGGAAGCUUUUUCCUCUGGCUGACGAUCUCUUAAACUCAGGUGUAAAUCUCACCAACUGUAAGCAAGAUUUCUUUCUAUGCAGAGGAAAACCACAUUCACAUGCCCAUAAACACAAACACACACACAGGCUUUCAACAUAUGAAUCCUCCCUGCAGAGAAAAACCCUGCCCUCUUUGGGAAUAAUUUCCCCAGGCCCAGUAUGGAGAAAGCCUGGUUUGAUAAUAAAGAGUGAAGACUGACAAAUUUAUGAGCAAGAGUCAAAGUCUGAUGGGUGUUCUACCUGUGAUUUUAUUGUAAUUAACAAUUUUCUUAUUAUUUUAUUUUAGAGCCUUAAUUUUGUAUGUUUAACCAUUUAAAAGCUUAGGGCAUCCUCAAAACUUUGUAACACUUAUCUUCAUUGGGGGAUUGUUUUUGUUUAAACUGGGGCUUUGGGAAUGUAUAAGAAAGUGACUGAACCCUUGCUGAUGCAUGUAAACUGUUUCUUACCUGAUUACAUUUAUUAUAAACUAAUAAAUCUGACUGAAAUAUGUUGUUACUGUGCAUAGGUCCUCUCCUCCCCAAUCUAGAUUGGAUUUUGAUGAAGUUCUUCCAUCAGCCAAAACUUCCAUUUGGGAAGGAAGAUGGACAGAUGACAUUCCUCUUAUUGGUAGGAUCCCUCUGAAUACUAGUCCUGUCUCUACUGUACUUCAGACAAAGGAGGAAGACUUGGAUCCAUGUGUUAUUUGCCACGAAAACCUGAGGACUGAUAGCAGCACAAAACUUCACUGCAGGCACAGCUUUCACAAAGAAGCAUUGUGACAAAAUCCCAGGGCCUUUUUUUUUUUUUUUUUU